AUGGGCGACGAGCCCUCAAAGGCGCAAUUCUUCUUCACGGAGAGCGGCGAGGAUUCGCUUGGUCUUGUUGACAGCAAAACCGGUCUUACUCGUACAGCCUCGGAUCCUUCUAGAAAUGGUGGGUGUACAGGACUUGGGUCAAGUUUUCCGUUAGAGGAACAGACCGAGCUGCCCAUUUUUUCUGAGAAUAUUCAGACACGUAAUGCAGUUGCAGCAUCCACCUCUUUUACGGACACUACAGAUGCCUUGGGCUCUUCUGCGACAUACGACGUUCCCGUCAUGUUAACAGAGGACGGUUCAAACGACUCCGUAGGUUAUACUAGAACAGUAAAUGGCGAAGUUCCAACCGAACUUCAAGGGGGGACUAAUUUCUCCGAAACAGCUGCGUGCGAGGCUACUCCAAACGCACAAGGAUCAAAAAAUGUUGGGAUUGCAGAUUCUGAGGAUGUGGCCAUAGAAGUUGUGGAAGUGGAUACUGAGAAUGCCGGAGACGUCCCGGAUGCUCCCUUAAAUGACUCCCUCGAUGGCGUUCCUCCACUCACAGGUACAUCCAUGGCGGCAAACAAUCAUUUAUGUGAGGUCAGUGACGAUGAAAUGGAUCAGCUGCCAAAAGGUCGCCCAAAUAAGGAGCUGGACCAACUUGUAGACUGCGAUAGUUUUCGCAGUGGAACUGGACGAGCAUCAUCAAUACCACCUGAGUCUCCACCUCCUGGAGAAAGUUUCAUAUAUAGCGGCGGUGGUCGAGAAUGGGAAGUCUCUCGUUCACCUCCUGCCCCACCGUCAACUCCUCCUAGAGACGACCGUCGAACCAGACUCGAAAAUCUCAAAAAAUUAAACUUCCCUACAAAAUACAAGAUGAAAGAAAGAAUUGAUGACGUUUUGCGCACGCUUUCUCCACCGCAUGGUCCUUCGACUCCUCCCUACGAUAAUACGUCGGACGGAACACAACCAAAGCGCAACGUUCGCUCGUUUCUCGAUGAACCUGGGUCGGAAUUGCUGCUCCUCAGCCGAACGGAGAGAGAAAACUCGAGUAGCAGGAAUCGAUCUCCGGAGAUUAGCUCGCGUCGAAAGCGGCGUCAUGAUGAUGACGGUGAUCGCGGCGACGACCGCGACCGUGGCCGACAUGCUUGGAACGACUCCAAUGAUCGACGUGGUUUUCGCGAAGAUUGGCGAUCAGAUCGAGACGAUCAGCAUCAUAGCGACUUGGAUAAUGGACUUGAAGAUCUUUCCAACAAUCCAGCCGAAUUACAACGGCGCUGUAAUGCUCACAUAGCCAUGAGUGAAAACCAGGCGGCGACAGUAAGUGAUGAUCAGUUGUUUAACGCCGUUUCGGAAGCGUUGUAUCUGCUCGCGAAUGCGCAACGACUCUGCAAGAAGAGGGAAAAAUUGCUCAAUGAGAUGAAAGCGAUGCGACAAGGUGAAGUGGAUAUGAUGAAAGCGAUACACGCCGAUCUGCCUGCUCAUUUGCAGUCUGUAGUGAGAAUAGAAGGAGAUAGUGUAUUUAUCAAUGAAGCAGGUGCGCGAGAGUGCCACGAUUUUGAUUGCUCAAUUGAGCACUUCUUUAUUGUUUCGGGCCUUGCUAGCGGAUUACCAUCGUCGACAAGCGUACCUCCUUUCCAACAAUCGUAUAAUACAAUUACAGCUCUUUCUGGAGUAUAUGUUAACCCCAGUCAGGCGCCGUCAGUGGGCCCAACACCUUUUUUAGUCCACCCUGGAGUUCCAGCAAUGAUUUCGGCAAAACCGACUGUGCCUGUGAUGCAGGCAGUGAUAUCUUCAGCUGUCCAACCUGCUACUGAGUCGAUAACAACACCGUCAGUAACCGUUGCACCCCCGUCGAAAUCUGAAUCUCCAGAGUUGGAGACACAAGCGGAAUCAUCCAUGUCAUCAUCGUUCACGAAUAUGCCAUCAUCAUUCUCCCAUCCUCCUCCUCCACUUUCCUCUUGUGCGCCACCAUCUAAUGCUCCUCCGUCUACGGUUCAAUCAGCUUCGUCUCCUGGCCCUGGUCUCGCCGGUCUACCUGAUUUCUCGAAGCCGCCUCCAGCACUGCGCCCUGUCAACGGCACGUCGAACGGUCCACUUGCGAAAGCGGGAUCCAGUAGCGCAUUACCGGAUGUUGGGAUAACCUCAAGUAGAAGUAGCUCGUCAGCAGUCGUGACUUCUUCAACAGUUCCUCCUCCCAGUACAGCACCGCCUCUGAAUUUUAACGUGCCGCCACCAAAUGUGCAACCCAGCACUUCUGCCACCGCUCGUGCUCCCUAUAUGCAACCUUCAAAUUUCCUCUGCCCGCCUCCAGGUACUUCAAAUACAGCUGCUGCCUCGGACUUUACGAAAACAAUUACGAAUAUGAUAACAUCAGCUUUAAAAGCUCCUGGAAAUGCAGGCAUGAACGCGUUUGGAGCUGGACCUGGAAUAAGGACGUAUGCUAGUCCUAGCAUUAGUAUUAUGGCGGUACCAUCCCAUCAAAACAUGCACGAUAGCAAUAGCGGAAACGGAGAAGCAGAAUGGUCAAGUAGCCGUGGUCGUUUCCAGUAUAGAGGUAAAUCCGGAUACGGAAAGCGUCAGGGGAAUGAUCAUAGGCGUGGAGAAAGGCAACGUGAUGGAACGCCACGAUCUUUUGAUUCGCCAAAACGUUAG